AUGAGAGUGGCUCGAGAGAAGGCGCUCACGGUCGUGGGCGUCCUCAAUGAGAAAAUAUAUGUAAUGGGUGGUUGCAAGGCAGAAGAAACCACGAAUUGGGCUGAGGUUUUCGACACAAAGACUCAAACAUGGGAAGCUUUACCUGACCCUGGCGCUGAGCUCCGCUUCUCUUUACUUAAAACAAUGAGAAUGAUCAAGGGAAAGGUUUACGUUGAGAACAGCGAGAAGAAGCACUAUGUUUAUGAUCCGAAAGAAGGUAAAUGGGACGUUGCACCACUGGGUGGGAAUGGGAUAAUGGAGUGUAAGGUAGAGAAUGUUCGUGUUCGGAACUAUCUUAGAACAAGACGUUUCUUUUGGUAUGACAAAAAGCGUAAAGAGUGGAGAGUGGUCAAAGGUUUGGAGGCAUUUAAUAGGAAUGUUCCUCAUGUUAUUAUUACAUUAACCAGGUACUGUGGGAAACUCUUGAUCCUAUGGGAAAAACUUGAGCAGCCUGGUGGUCAAUGUCAAAACAAGAACAUUUGGUGUUCCGUGAUUAAGCUUGAAAGACGCAAUGGUGAUGAUGAAGUUUGGGGAACUGUUGAGUGGGCUAGUGUUGUGCUUACGGUUCCUAGCUCAUACGUUUUCUUGCGCUGUCUAGUGAGAUCGGUUUGA